AUGGAACCCACAAACCAAACAGUUAUCUCACAAUUUUUUCUCCUGGGACUGACAGAUGACCCAGCACUGCAGUCCCUCAUCUUCAGCCUCUUCCUAUCCAUAUGCCUGGUCAACAUCCUGGGAAAACUGCUCACCAUCCUGGCCAUCUACUCUGACUCCCACCUCCACUCCCCCAUGUACUUCUUCCUCUGCAAUCUUUCCUUCAAUGACAUCUGUAUAAGCAUGACCACCAUCCCCAAGAUGCUGGUGAAUAUCCUAAGAGGGCAUCAGAGCAUCAACUACACAGGCUGCCUCACCCAGGUUGCCUUUGUCAUGCUAUCUUCAUACUGGGAAAAUUUUCUGCUUGCAGUGAUGGUCUAUGACCACUAUGUGGCCAUUUGUCACCCCCUGAGGUACACAGUCAUCAUGAAGCCCUGCGUCUGUGUCCUGCUGGUUCUGGUCUCCCUCUUUGUUAGUAUUGUGGAUGCCCUCCUCCACACUCUGCUGUUGCUGCGACUGUCCUUCUGCAGAGACCCAGAAAUUCCCCAAUUCUUCUGUGAAUUUGCUCAGGUUAUCAAGCUCUCUUGUUCUGACACCUUCACUGAUAACCUCAUAAUACUUAUUUCAGUGUGUGUAUUUGCUGGUGUUCCUCUCUCUGGGAUCAUUUUCUCUUACAUUCAUAUCAUGUCCUCUGUCUUGAGAAUGCCCUCAUCAGGUGGAAAGCAAAAAGCCUUUUCCACCUGUGGGUCUCACCUGUCUGUGGUCUGUUUCUUCUAUGGGACAGGUGCAGGUGUGUACAUUAGCUCUGCCAUGACUGAUUCAUCCAAGAAGACUGCAGUGGCUUCAGUGAUGUACUCUGUGGUUCCUCAAAUGCUGAACCCCUUUAUCUACAGCCUGAGGAACAGGGACAUGAAGGUGACCUUGAGGAAUCUCACGGAUAGGAUAGCUUCUCUCUACUGA